GGGUCACCCGGCAGGGACGGACUCGAUACAGCGCACCGCCGUACCGGCGGCGCGCAGUGUCGCUCAGAACACUGCACGGAUCAGACGUCGUCGCACCGUCGUGUCCCAUUCUAUAUUCCUAUAUAAUCACGGCAGCUUGCUUACGCAGUAACCGUAAUUGACUUUCGCGCUUCGAAAAUCUCGAAACUUGUCGUCAUGGAACAGAUGUUGCAAGGUCUGCCCAGAGUACGUAUAUUAAAUGGAUUUAUAUAAUUUAUUGUUAUUAUUCUAUUGUAAUACUUUUACAAAUAUUUUUCUCGAUUAUUUAUUAUUAAGUGUACACAAAUAGCUAUUUAUACGGAAUUUCGACCUAUAAUUAGAUGCGUUAUUAUAUUGUUAUAUUCGAUAAUAUUAUAUGGUAUAAAUAUUUCAAAACUAGGUGCACAGCGAAUGAUUCCAUUUCGUAAUCGUACUGUAUUUUAUAGGUACUGUGUGUGUACAACGGCCGUAAUUUACAGAAUAAUAAUAUCUCAUUAGGUGUAUUAUUAUAUUUAGUUGCAGGUAUUUUGAGAUUUGGGCGGUUGGGGGGGGGGGGGGGCGAGCAGGAUGGGGGGAUUUCGGAUCCCACGUCUCUCCCCCCCCCCUCACUCGUGCAGAAUCAACCAUAGCCAAAACCUGACCUCCAUCCCUGUUUGUUUUAAUCAUUUACUUAAUUAUUUUUCGUGAUGCAGAAUCUGUAACCCCCCCCCCCCCCCUUCUCCGUCCACCGAGUUUUAAAUUUGAAAUUGCAUCUCUCCUCUGUACACAAAUAGGUAUCUACACUUUUAUUAAUAUAACAUUAUAUAGUGGUCGAUUUUAAUAGAUCACUUAAGCCGCCGUUGAUAAAUUAAAGCAAGGCCGUUGCUUCCUUUAUAUAUAUGUGUUGGUGUGUAUAUAUAUAUAUAUAUAUAUAUAUAUAUAUAUAGAUAUAAAUAAUAAAAACGUUUUUUUUAUUAAAUUACCUACUGCAUCAGCGGCAAUGACGGGGAUAUGAAAAUUAAAAAAAAAAAAAAAAAUCGUCGACACAAAAGACACAACAAAUUCGAUUCAAUUUAAUUUGAUUAUAUUGUGCGCGUUGGAUUAAGUACCUUUAUAUUAUAUUACACGUUGUACAAUAUAAUAUUAUAGUAACACUAAAUUGUAAAUGGGUUACACAGAAUAUGAAGAGGAUGUAUCUGAGUGAAGUGGUAAGUUGUUAUUAUUUUACAAAUAAAAACUCGUCAAAUAAUAUUCUGAAAAAAAAAAUAAUGUACUCCGUGUCCUGUUGACAUACAACUGUAAAAUUGGAAUAUCCUUCGAAUUAUAUUUUAAGAAUAAUUAUUUUUUGAACUAAAAAAAUUAAUUUAGCGCGUCUAUAGUAAUUAGGUAACCUACUUUACAAGUUUGGCUACAGAUGGCGACACCAUAUGACCAUCGUAUUCGUUUUUAGGGAGGGGUCCUCCGGGAGUAUUGUACCAUCCCACCACCCAUCCCGCCACCAGUGGCGCCGAAGUAGGUUAGGCCUAAACAAGCCCGAUUAAUAUAUUGUAUAAAUUAUAUUACAUGAUUCAUAGUAUUAUUUUUUAUAUUUAUAUUUUCUACAAAUACUACUCAAAUUAUGUACAUUUUUCAUCUUUGGCACCACCCACCGCCCAUUCACCACCCACCUCCCAUCCACCACCCACCGCCAACUCGCCACCCACCGCCCACCUACCGCCAACUCACCACCCACCGCCCACCUACCGCCAACUCACCACCUACCGCCAACUCACCACCCACCGCCUACCCACCACCAAAAAAUUUGCUCCCAUAUUUUUCAGAUGGUGGGAUAGGGUGGUUGAACCCCGAAAACCCCUUCGCCGGAGCUCCUAAUAUUUUUAAAACAUGACGUCAUACCUAUAAGUACCUAUACAAUGUUUACAAGAAUCGAAAUUGAAACCAUAUGUAAGUAUAGAUUAGGUUUUAUCACCCUUAUCCCAUUGAAAAUUAUAAAUAAAACUGAGUAUUAAUUUUGCAAUUUAAUCAUAAAAUUAACUUGAUUUUUUGGAUCCGACUUUUAAAUUAUCAUAUUCGGGUCAAGUAUACAGCGGCGUAUUCAUAGGGAUGGGGCGAGGUCAGAGCCCCUUCCUAUGGACUUUUAUUUGUGAUCCAACUGCAGAUGACGUGAUAAAUAGAUGCACAUUAUAUGAAAUACAGUAUUUUCUUAAACAUAUUUAUAUUAGGUAUAAUAAUUUCGACUUGGAAAUUAUGGUUCAAAUAAAUAUUUAUAGACAAAUUGGAAUUAACUCAGAAAAAGUGUUGGAUGAACUGGGUAAGAAAAAAAGGAAAAUCGGUUUGAUAUUGUAAAAUUUAAUAAGGUCAAUACUAUUAUUUUAAUUUAAAUUUUUUAAUUGAACCCCCUCCCCCAUAAAAAAAAAAUGUUUUGGAUAUGCGCCUGUAAGUAUAGGUAACCGAAGAUGAUUCUACGAUUUAUUCACGAUUGCUAUUUACCAUAUCCCGUCUCAUUGAAAAUAUUCCACAGCUAAUAGAUAAAUGAAAUAGUUUUAAAACAUUCGUUCUUAAUCUGUUCCUGUAGAUUUUAUUUACUUAUAUAUAUAUAUAUUUAUAAAAUUAGUAUAAUGGUAAAUGCGUUCAACAAAUAUACUCCUGACACAAUUUCUAUAAAGAGGGACGCACACGUCAUUCCUACUUACCCAAUAAACGCGUAACCCUUAUAACGUGUGUCCAUGGUUACCGCACCACUUGUAGAGCAUUUGCCUUUUGUUUUUUUCCCUCUACCAGCGGGAAGUUUCCACUUAACGAAUUGUGUUUCGCAAUACAAAAUUCAUAUUAGAACCCGUAGUUCUUUACAUUUUUUUGGGAAAGAAAAAAAAAAAUAAUUUUCAUGUUACCGUUUUUAAACAAAUAUUUAGAUGGUAUAUUUUAUACGCCACGUCUCACAGUGAGCCAGAAUUAGUUCAAAACGGGACAAAAAUAAAUAAUUUGUUGUUUAAAAAUAGAUAAUAUGUUUAUUAAACUUUGAUAGUAGUGGGAUAAACCGAAGUAGUCCAUUACAUGUUAUCGCAAAAUUAACGAUUAAUAUACCGGGUAACAAGCUAUAAAUAUACGCAUUAUUAAUUUUCUGUUUUCUGAUAUCAUUUGUACUCGUAUAUUACUCGUUUAUACUAUACAUUUAGACAUUAAACAUUUUGGCAUCAUUGAAUACAUCGUUUAGUAAAUAUUAGCAAUAAUAUUUUAUUAUUUUCUAAACAUUUUUAUGAAAUAUUCUGUAUUAUUAAUGCUAGUUAACGUUAUUGAAGUUCUAAAUAAAUCAUAAUUCACCAAUUAAUAGUAAUUAUAUUUCACUAUAUAAAUAUAAAAUGUAUUAGUCUUAUUUUUUUUGUUUUAUAUUAGAUUAAAUGUUGGGAUAAAAAAACUUUAUAUUAUGCUCGGGAAAAUACUCUAUCUUACAAUGAAAGUCCCGUAGAAAUUGGUUGAGCCGUUUCAGAGAUAAGCUCAGACAGACAGACAAACGCUUUAAUUUGAUUCAUAUGUGUAUAGACUGUAUUAAAAAAAAAAAACUAAUUUUUGAUUUUGAUUUUUAAAUACCUACUUCUAAAACUUAUAUAAACCCAAAUCAAAUGAAAUAUACGCCAAGAAAUAUUUUUGUCCCUCUAUGAACUCAUUUUGGCCCACUGUACGUCAGUAUAAAAACUCUUUAUUUUCUUUAAAUUAUGCAUUUAUUUCGAAUUUCGAUUAUUGAUUUAACCGAAAAGUUUAAAUAGUCUGACUACCCAACUAUAUUAUAUCUAUAUUAUGAACGUUGUACAAGGUAUACAUUAAUGUUUACAAGGUGAUCAAUUUAUCGUAAGAUUAUAAGUCAUUAUCUUGGAAAAUAUUAACUUUUUUCGGAAUUUAUCUUGUAAUAAUAAUAACUAUUAUUAUUUAUUUAUUUCUCAGAAACAAGAAUAUUGGCCCCCAAUGAGACUCUCGUGUGGGUGUAAGCCGUGGGGACCCAGGAGUUUAAUCUAUAACUUAAAAAAUAAAGUUAAAUAUAAAUUAGUUAACAAUUUGUACAAUCUAAAAUAUUAAACUAACAGCUAUUGUAAUAAAUAAACUUUAAAAAGUUUAAAUUAUAUUACAUAAUACUAAAAAAAAACUUCUAAACUUAGACAUAGAAAUAAAUAAUUACAAUCUCUCAAACGUAAUUGAAAGAGUUAUAGAACACUUGAAAAACAAGCUGCUCAACAAUUUUGCAUUUAUAUUAUUUUUUGUUAUCUUUAUUUUUGACGGUAAAACUAUUAUUGAUUCACAUUUCAUUUUAAAAUGUCAGCCUAUAUUAAACAUCCGAUAAAUAGAUGAAGUAUUAGAUAAAAUACAUUUUGGUGUUAACAUCUUUGAUUUCAGUCAAUCUGUUGUAGAUAUUCCACUUUUAAGUUUGGGUUGGAGGAGAGUAGUGUCAUUUAUGUAACGGUACGGCCCGCGGCGAUUUAAUCAUGCAUAAUUAAUAGGUUUCAAUUAGAAAGUCAAUAGUGGGUAAAGGUUUUACCCCUGAAAAUAAGGGUGACAAAAAAUAACAUAAACGUAUAAUUGUAGAGCUGAUUUUUUUCUUAAAUGUUCUCAAAACGAAUUCCGAAAAAGUUAAUACUUUCCGAGAUAAUGAGUGUCUUGCGAUAGAUUGAUUACUCCGUGUAUUAUGUAUUAUUAUAAGUUAUAACGUAUUUGUUAUAUUAUUUUGCUAUAAAAAAAUUGCUUUUCCAUAAAUAUGUUAGUAAAUUUUUAAAGUUUAGAGAAAAAUACCUAUAAUUAUGCAGCAAGCUGUAAUCGCAGUCGCUAAUUGAUCAUUAUUAUUAUGGCUAAUUGACUGUACACUUUUUUUCUCAGACAUUAAAUAAUUAAAAAGAAAUCACAAAUUUAAUGAAAACAAAAAGUUAAUACGUCAAAAUGUUCAGAAGAAUAAACUCUAUAAAAUGGCUUUCUUCAAAUUUUUCAAAAAUAAUAAAAUAAAAAGUUAUUUGAAAUAUAAAUAUGUAUUUAUAUAUACAUAUACAUGUAUUUAUUAUUUAUUUGUAAUCUUUAUCUCUGCAAUAUAAAAAAAAAAAGAAAUUAAAAAUCUUUAUUAUCCCCGGAGAUAUUAUAUUACUAUAAUGGCUAUUCAGUAUAUCUCUAAGACGUACACAUUUAUAGGGGGAGCAAAAUCCGCAGAGGAAGCAGCUGCAUACUCUAAGCUGCUUAUCCCGUAAUAGUCAUGCGUAGUACUAGCGUACUGCUUAUUUAUUUUAAUAAUAAUCAGGGCUCGUAACUAACUAAAAAAAAAAGGUUGUUAUAAGCGCAAUGACGUCACUCUUAAAACCGCCAAUGUAAAAAACUUAAAUAUACCCUAUAAAUAUUAAAAUAAAUGUAUACCUUAUGUACACUUAGAUGUCUCUAGGACCUGUCGAAACAAAUAUGCAAAUGGUUUAGGUUACGAAACCUGAUGUAUAUUAUAUUUUGAAGUCCUAUUAUAAUUGAUGAAAACAAAAAGUGAGCGUUAAAUUUCGGGCAUCGGGUAAUGGAGGACUCAAUGAUAAAGUAUUUUUUUUUUAAAACUGUCAAAAUCGUUUUAUUACGUUAUCAGAAAAAACGUUAUUAAUAGAUAGGGUACUAUUAUAAUAAUUAUAACAAUAUUAUUAUAAUAUUCUAUAUUAUAGGUUUCCAUGUUAUGAUAAUAAAUACAACUGAAAUUGUUUGUGCUCUAACAAUAUUAUUAUAUUUAAAUAAUACAAAUAAAAAUAGUAAAAACCCAUAAUAAUUAUGUGAAAUAAACAUUCAGAUAAUGAAUUUGACUGAUAUGUAUAGGCAUUAGGCAAUGUGUUUUAGAAUCUGUUUUAUAAAAAGCGUUAUCAAAAUUAUAAUAUUAAUAAACUGCAGUGCGCUGUGUUUUAAAUAUUAUAUUUAUUAUUAUAGUCUGGAUUUAUAUUCUCUUAAAACACCUAAUAUAUGAUGCUAUUAUUCUCUAGAAAAAAACUACAAAUAUACUUUUAUAUUCUUUUGGACUACUAGAAGUAUAUUUAUUUUUCUUUCACUUAUUGUUCUAAAUGUACAAAAAUCCAAUCUGAAAUUACUACCCAUCUUUAAAUACAAUGAAUAAACAGUGAAACAAUAUUAUUUAAUUAAUUAAUGUUUUGUUUUCAUCAGGAAAUGCGCGUUAUGCAAAUCAAGGGAGGAAGAGCAAAGCGCGAAUUGGCUGAAUUGGAAGACAAGGAGCGCUACGCUGUAAGGAAGCUGAUGGAGGCAAAUAUGAGGAAAAACAAGGAGAAAGAGGGUAAAAAACGAUGAGUGGGAAGAUAUUAUUGUCAAACACUUAAAACUUGACGAAUGAUGUUUUUAAUUAAAGUCUAUACCUACUUUAAUAUAAUAUAUAUACUAUAAACAUUUUUUUUUUAUUGACUAUGUUUGCUAUUACUUUUUUAGGCGUUAAUUAAAAUAUGUAUUCUAAAGUUAACUACAGUAGUGUAAUUUGGACAUAAUAUAAGGGGUUGCAAAAAUUAUAAAAAUAAAUAAUGUUUUAAUACAGUCAUAUUAUUAGUAUAAAAUACAUUAUAAAUCUAUAUAAUUCUUCUUAUAUAAGUACAAAUUAUUAAAAACUAUGAAUUAAAUUCCAUAAUCUUAUACAAUUCGAAUACAAAAUUCAGAAUUUUUAAAUUGUGACUGUCUCACUGUCGUUCUCUAUUUGAAUGUAUUUAUAGUGAUGACUUAUAAAUUUAUUAAUUAUAAACAUUUUUGUUUAAGUAUUUUUUUACUUCUUAAUACUUAUCAACUAAAAUAUUCCAUAACUUAUAUCAAAUAUAUAAUAAUAUUAAAUCAAAUAAUAUAUAUAAAAAUAGGAUGAUAGAAAGUUUUAAAUCUAAAACUAGAUUUAUUUUUAUUUAAUUUAUAAUACUGAAAUAGUGAAUUGUAAGUUAUAAUCAAUAAUAUUUGUAUUGAAGGAGUAUUGAUAAUAAUGUAUUAUAGUUUCAAUUUUAUCAUUUCGAACAUAUAUUUUUCAUAAUUAAAUAAUUAUUUAUUUAGGUACCUACCUAUUUUAAUUUUUGUUUUACUAAGGAUAAACCAUAAAAACAGAAAUUUCAUGGAUUGAAAAUUAAUACUUUUGCGACCCCUUACAACUCCCCCCACAUUACACCACUGGUUAACUAUUUCACAUUAUUUUGUAGGUAUUAUGUAUUUAUAUAUUUCAUUUGAGUUGAUUAUUUAUGUAUUGUCAUGUAUUUGUAUAGCCAUGUUAAAAGCGGCUCAAAACAGCUUGGAUUGCUUGAUACAAAAGCUUAACGAACGCAAGGCUAAGAGUGAAAUGAUGAUGAAGAAAAUUAAUCGUCGUCGUGGUAACUCUUUGAUGAUGGAUUUGCAGGAUAGAGAGGCGGCCGAGUAAACUAUAUUAUAAAUUAUUGUAGCCACCAUUAAUAGUUUAUGUCAGCAUAUUAUCAGUGUUGAAUUCAGAGAAUUUCUUUGGAGAAGGAUUACUUUUUUAUAGAUCAUUUUGAUGUAAAUACUAAAUUGGAAAGAGUAACAAGUACUGUACAUUUAAUAAAUACGUUUUGUUAACAGUUAUUUUAUUUGUCAAGGGGUUGAAUGAAAUUCUAAAGGAGGCAUUUACCCCCACCCCUAGAGUAUACCUGGAUUCAACACUGCAUAUUAUUAUCAUGAAAAUCAUUAACUUAAUUAUAAUUCGCUUGGAUAGAUAUUGUUUUUAAAUUUAAAUUUUAACCGAUUUUUUGUUUAGAAACCAUGCUGAGAUUACAAGACGUAUGAUGGAAAAGAUUCAAGAGCAAACUGAAAUCGUGGAGGUAUACUAUUUAUUUUAUCUAUACAAUUUAUGAUCAUUAAUUUUGUGUACAGAUAUUUUCAAAUACCUAUUUAUAUAUACCUACUCACAAUGGAGUUUUAAUUUACAGAAGCAAACUAGCAUAUUGAAACGCGCUCAUGGCUCUAAGGAUUCAUCCAAGUACUAUCGUUCCAGAAUCAACAAUUUGAAGGCAGAGAUUGCUAACAAGCAAAAUGAACUUGAUUCUGUGUUGAAUGUGUACAGUGGCGUGGGCAAAGUGUAAGUAGAAAUAAUAAUGUUUUAUUAUUGAAAUACCCAUAUUGUUAAAAAAAACAAAAUAAAUAAUUGUACGUGUGACUAAUAUUCAAGAAUAAAAAAAAAACAGUAGUACAUUUAUAGAAUUUUAAAAACACAUUUAGUGAACAAAAGUAUCCACUACUUGCUCCUUUUUUUUUUAAGAUUUAUUUAAACUUUCUUAGAUAAACAAGUUUCCACACCCACUUCCUCGAAAGUUUACAUUAUUUACUUGAUAACCCAUCUAUGGAGACUAAGCAACUGAAAAUUUACAUUUUAUCUACCUGCUUUGUAAAUAAUAUGCACACAUGUAAUAUGUAUUCUUAAAGGGUAUCCAGAGAUUUGACCAUAAAUCUAUAACAAAAAAAUUUACAAUCUUAAAUAUAUUUUAAAAUUUUUUUCUUACACACAAAGAUAAUAACAUAAAAGUCAUAAAUCAUUUUUUUUUUUUUUUUAAUAUUUAAAAGUACAACUUUUUUUAAAUAAUGUGAUAUGGAUUUUAUAUUUUCAAAUCUGGAAUUUUUUCGUUUUUAUAUUUUUUAAUUUCAUUAAGAAUAACAUUCUUUCAAAUUAAAGUUCAUUUUCUCGCUUUUACUGUACCUACACUUCUAAUUUUAAUUUAAGCCAUAGCCAUUGUUGAAAACCCUGAUAAUUCUACAUCAUUUAAAUGUUGUAUAAUUGAAUACCUUUUGAUAAGGCACUGAGUCGCUUUUACUAAAGUAUUAUAAAAUAUAUUAUACUCAUAUAUUCAUUUUUUUAAAAGGCCCAUUGUGGCCUGAUUCCUGGGCACUCAAUAAUUAUACUCUAGGCUAAGUUUUUAUUAAUUAUUUAUAAUAAAAUUAUAAAUAAUCCACAUUAUUAUGGUCAUAGUUUUUAUAUUUUUCAUAAUAUUUAGGACACUAGUGUUAUAAAUUAAUACCUAUAUAAUUUAAUUUUAGUUGCCAAGAAAUGAAGAAGGAGAAGGAUGAAAAGACAUCAGCUCGUGUCGAAAUGCAAGGAAAAGCUGCUGCAGUGUCAUCCGACAUUGGUGCAUUGACUGAGGACAUUAAGAAGUUGCAAACUAUUGAGUGAAUCACUCAUGGAAAACCCAAAUAUUCUUCAAGACAUUUCUUUUCCUUUUUUAAACAUUUCUAUAUGACUAUAAGAGUCGAUUUCCCUAUUUAAUUUAUAUUAUAUUCUAUACUAAAUAGAAAAAUUUUUAAACAUUUUACUUAUCUUCCUUUACUACAGAUUAAUAUUAUAUUCUGGAACUACUUGCCAAAUUUAUUCUAUAUAUUAAUUAAAUAAAAUAAACUAUACUCUCUCUCAUUUCAUUUAUAUGGUGUUUAUUUUAAAAAUGUAGCCUAAAUAGGUAAUAUAUUCAGU